CCUUAGUUUAACCAAAGUUGUCCAUAAAAAGGCCCACUUUUGCUAUGGCCAUUGGAUUUUGGAUUCAGUAUGCUGUAGGAUGGUUGUCAAUUUACUUAACAUUCUACGUUGUACGUGUCUUGGGUAAAGGAUUAUUUACUACUUGGACCCCAAGAUAUUGUUUCAUACUGAUAAUUGCUGUAAUCAUCAUGUACCUGGCCGGAUCUAUUUGCUUCUUUGUGCCCGUAUCAAAAAGUCGAAUGAUUGAAUAUUCUCGCUGGUACAAUCGUACCAACAAGCAGAUACCCAGAUUCAUCAACAAGUUUCAGGAACAAUACCAAUGUUGUGGCAUCAACAAUUACAAAGAUUACAAUGAUCCCGGCAUCUUUGGAACAAAGGAAAUUCGCGCAAGAGUAGUAUACGCUGAGCUGAAUGCAGACGACGCGGCGUGGACAGCGAAUCAGGAGGAACUAAUUGAAGAGCUGAGUAGAACCAAGAAAGACGAAGAUCCCAAGUUGAGAAAACAUUUAUAUUUUAACGUCCCAAAUACCUGCUGCAAAUAUGGGCGAAGGAUCAAGUACAAGCAUUGUGGAAGAUUCGUAGAGUACAGUCGUGUCGAGUACACAAAACCCAAUGUGACCAAGAGCCAUCCAAAUGCGGUCAGGAUUGUUAACAAUGUGACUGGAGGAUGUUUUGAAAAAUACGAAACCGUUAUGUCCAACUCCAUGUUCCAACUGAACUGGCUGAUAGGGAUCGUUCGAUGGGGGAGUUUGGCGCAGUGUGUGAUUUUUUUCAUUCUCAUUUGGAUCUACAGACUGAGUUUGCGAGCUAUGAGGAGAGAUAUGAGAGGUGACUUUGAAGAAGAACGUCUUUUUCAUGACGAAGGAGAAAAUCCGCAACAAAGAAGCAAAGCUACUCUGCAGAAUAAGGAUAAUUUGCUUGAGACGGAAAUUAAGGGAGUUUCUUCUAAUAUGACGUUGAAAAGUGAAUAGGAAUGCUUUCAUACAUAUUCAUAUUUACAUAAUUUGUAC